AUGGUCUUCGAGACUCAUAAACCCAACGCCUCCUCUGGGAUACGUCUCUGCCAUACCUCUUGCAACCUGCUCGACGUGGGCACCCUCGAAUCAUACCUCGCAACGGUCAGAGGCUGGCUCGCUGAACACCCAUACGAAGUCAUCGCUAUCAUGAUGGGCAACAACAACGGAGAUGACACCAAGAUACCGGCGACGGACUACGUUGCGCCAUUCCAAGAUUCAGGAAUGAUGGAAUACCUAUGGACCCCACCCUCAGCUACUAUGAACCUGACCGAUUGGCCUACACUAGCUGAGAUGAUUAUCAAAAACAAGCGCGUGGUAGUGAUGCUAGACUACAAUGCAGACCAGAGCCAAGUUCCAUGGCUCCUCAACGAAUGGAACUACCAAUGGCAAACGCCGUUCUCUCCUACAAAUCCCGCCUUCCCAUGCACCGAGCAGCGACCUCCCAACCAAGCUGAAGAUGUCUCACGCAACCGCAUGUACUUGAUGAACCACAACCUCAACAUCGAAGUCAGUCUCCCUGGCGUCAGCAGCAUUCUCAUACCAGCGUACUCGCUCCUCGACCAAGUCAACGCUGUCUCUGGCAAUGGCAGUGUUGGGCUCAAUGUGCAGAAUUGCGAGAAGAUGUGGGACAGGCCGCCGAACUGGAUACUCGUUGAUUAUUACAAUUUUGGCAAUUUUAAUGGGAGUGUCUUUCAAGUUGCGGCCACAGCGAACAACGUUACAUACAACGACCAGUCGUGUUGUGGUACUGAAGAUACUAGUGCCGCACAUGCCCUUAGGAGUCAAGGAUUCUUUGUGGCUUCGGUGCUUGUUGGGCGGCCACCUAAAACUCAUACUCGCUCAAAGACGCCAUCGCUAAGACCGCCCAACAUGCCCUACCUUAGGACUCGCAUCCGUAAGCUCCAUCGCGAAGCAGAAAAAGACAAGGAAGAAGGCGAAUCGAUCAACCGAUACAACACGGUACGGCUAUCCCCACCUCCUGACGACAAACUCAUAACGCUCGAUUCGGUGCCACGCAACUACAAGUACAAGUUUGAACCGCUGCCGCGCCAAGACGAUCCAGUCAUCAGAGAAAUCCUGGGCCUCAUCCGCAGCCUAAAUGGUCAAAACAUCGAGGUUGCAAAUAUGCGCUUCCGAGUAUCGCCGACCGACGAGUCCUUGCCAUUCUGGUUGGCUUUGCCUGAUUAUACCACCUACUGCAGCAAGCUGUAUACCUUCAUAGAUGACUAUCACGAAUUUCCACUUACUGGCUGGGUGACCUUCUCUCCUGGACUACCUGGCCCAAAUGCAGACAAUCUCUGCCUAAAGAUAGGUACAAAGUGGGUUUUGCUGAAAGACUGGUUGCUGUCUAGCUACAAGUCUGUCAAAAGGUUAUCUGAUGGAAGUGGUCUAGUUGGCGAGAAAGGCUACAGGGCGCAGCGCAAAUGGUGGAAGCUCAACGGGAAGUACUUCCGUCUUUUCGACCUUCCUGCCGAGGUUCGCAUGACGGUCUUCGAAUUCGCCCUUGGUCCUCGAAUUUACCCCUUGGUUGAACUCAACAAUUAUUCAGUUCGUCUCGGCAUCGGCUUCCCUAACUGGCUCGAUAGCAGCCUUAUGCAGCGACGCACUUUUCUUCAAUUGUCCAUGGGUGACUUCCAGAGAGUAACAGGCUGCUCCGCUCACGAGCCUAAUAUCGCACUGCUGUCUGUCAGCAGGCAAACUCACAGCGAGGCACUCCAGGCUGGCUGGGAGAACACUCGAAAGUGCUUCUUCUCACUCAUACAUUUCGAUUCUAUCUUCGAUGCGCGCACUAAACCGAAGUACAACUGGCUCAAUCACAUUAUUCUUGACUUUAACAUGAGCGAUUGGUUCGACUUGCUUAAUCUCAAAGACAUGCUUGGUCGAGAACCGAGGACCCACUUACACAAGAGCAGCUCCAAGUCUUCCAUUACGCUUCUCUCAACACUAGACAAACUAUCAACACUACAACUUUGGUUCAGGAGCCCAGAUGAUGGCGACUCCUGGUAUCCUCAUGGUAUAAAAACAAUCGCACACAAAGUUAACAACACGUUGGAUGACAGCGAUGGCAGGAUGAUUUGCUGCCAACGUACCAUGGUAGACUUGAUCAUGACCUUCGCCUGGCCUUUUGUCAAGGACCUACGCGCAAAAGUAACUGUAGGCGGGAUUCUAAAGGAAGACAGAAAGAAGAAAUGGAAUGAACGCCUUGCUUUGUCUGCAGAAGACAAGCUUCACGUCAUCGAUCAGGAGGCCGCGGAGCAGGCUAUCUUCAACACACCUCUCGCUAACAUGUAA